CACACACACACACACACAUAUGCGUGCGUUAACUGCGAAUAUUAGCAUUGCCUCUCAAAGUUGAACAUCGCAGAAACAGUACGUCUCCGGCGACCGCUCGCUCACCAUAUAAUAUAAUACAUCAUCUAGUCGUCAGGCCGUAUAUUGUCUUCGUACCUACAUCGUCGCUGUCAUCAUCAUGUACGUCGAGUGGCUGCGGAGUAGCCCGUGCUAUGUGGUCAAGUGUGCGCUGUUGCUGCAACUCAUAUACAGAACGACUGGGGCAGGAUGUUCUGUGGACCAUGGCAGUGGGAUGAAUUAUCCGACGACCACUGCCAGCGGGACAUGGACAACUCGCGGCGGGAUAUCAUCUUACGGUUGGGAUAGCCGACAGCCUAUAGAUCCGUGUAGCCGUUGUACGAACGUCCCACCGCCAUUGCCCGGAUCUCAGUACACGACACAAGCCCAUGACGGUGGGAUGUACAGUGUAAAUGACCGUAUAAGUGUCAGUGGUUAUAUGUCAGACAAUCGGGGUUCUGUGAGCGGUUACAUGACAGAUAACCGUGGUAGUGCGGGUAUGCAUGGUUCAGAUAAUCGGCACACCGGUUAUGGUUCCGAUAAUCGUGGUAACGGUUAUGGCUCUGACAAUCGGGGCCACAUGAACGGUCGGCCCAACAGUUAUAACUCGAUCGGUCAUGUUACUGGCAACGGUUAUAUGUCGAGUAGUUCUAAUUACGGCGGUAACAGUCACGUUACUGAUAACCACGUUCAAAUAUACAACACACAUAUUGCAGACAGUCAAAUGAAAAACCCCAAUUACCGGGGUAAUGGUUACGACAAUUUAAGCCCGGAAUGGGAACGAAGACACAACAACAAGAAAGUUAACGUUGUAGGUGUCAGUGGUGGAAGCUAUGGAAGCGGUAUAGGUGGUGGUAGUGGAGGUGGCGGCUAUGGAGGAAAUAUAGGUGGGGGCGGUGGUUAUGGAGACGGUAUCAGUGGAAAUGGUAUUAGCGGAGGCGGUAUUAGUGGAAAUGGUGCUCAUGGAAGUGGUGGGUAUGGAGGCAGUAUCAGCGGGAGUGGUGGGUAUGGAGGCAGUAUCAGCGGAAGUGGUGGUUACGGAGUCAGUAAUUAUGGACAUGGUACUGGUGGUUCGGGAAACGGCGGUAGUGGAUAUUAUCAAGGAAUGUCGUAUCCUGUUCCCAAUAUUCCCGACAGCCACGGAACUCAUAUGCAAAGUAAUUACCAUAGACCGUCCACCGACCGGUGGAGUAUCAAAGGAGCAUAUCCAGUGAAAGUAGAAUCCGGAUACUGGCAGAGUCAACCACCCAAAGACAUCGGCUGGGAUGAGGCCAGCAAGAAAGUGGGAGUAAUAGCCGGAUGGAUUGGUGGCCCGAAAAAGUACGAGUCCAGUAAACCUUCAACGGCGUACGGUUCGCAUCAGGUGAAUGACAAAAAUGACGACGAUUACUUCAACAAGGGAACCGGUUACGAAAACAAUUCGGACCGAAAGAAACCUUAUAUGGGUUGGGGAGGUUCCGGAUCGUACGAGGUAAUCAAAAUGAACAACGGAUACAAGUACAUCGACAGGAAUAGCAACAGUGAUUAUGGUACUUCUUACGGAAACGGUUAUGGUUAUGGAGGACAGAAUUACAAUAACAAACCUAGUCAAGAUUAUGGUUUGAAACCGAUGAACGUCGACCAUGGCAGGCCUUACGACCACGGAACUUCAAGUUACGCUAAACCCGCUUACGGCUAUGAUAAACCAAUAAACGACUACGGUAAACCCACACACGAUUACGAUAAGCCCACACACGAUUACGGUAAACCUACUACACAGGACUACGGUACGCCAACCACUCACGAUUACGGCUCUAGGCCUCAUGUUGAUUUACAUAGUACACCGCGUCCAAUUGGGUUCGAAGCCACAACCCCCCGUCCACCAGGGUGGGGUUCUCAGAAACCUGGAUAUCCAGCGAUAGCUUCUCGGCCCACUCAGCACUGGGGUGAAAACUCGUAUGGUGAACAAAUGGGUAAUAUAGGUAGCGGUUCAGUGGGUUAUGACAGACCCGGUGGAAACGGUGUCGGAAGACCGGUUGAUUAUGGUACUUUGAGACCAGAAAGUUAUGGCACUCAGAGGCCAGUUGAUUAUGGAUCUUCGAGACCAGACAGUUACGGAACUCAUAGACCAGUUGAUUAUGGUUCUCCGAGACCAGACAAUUACGGAACUCAGAGACCGGAAGGUUAUGGAUCUCAUAGACCAGACAAUUUUGGAUCUUCUCGUCCGGAUAGUUAUGGAUCUUCUCGUCCAGAUGGGUAUGGAUCUUCUAGACCUGAUACUGGAGGAGAAACAUCAGACUAUGGAUCCUUCAGACCUCACGUGGGAUCCAUAAACAAUAAUAUGGUAUCAGAUUAUGGCUCCCAAAAACAGGAGUUCGAUAAAUUCAGUGGUUAUUCAGAUAACGAUGGUGGUAGACCGCACAUAAACAACAGACCGGGAUACGACAAUGAAAGGCCGUUUAUGAACGGAAAUGAAGUCUACGGUUCACAGCAGCAGGUGGGUUCGGGAUAUGGAAAAGGAUACGCGUCAAAUUGGGAUUAUUAUUCUAAUUCCAUGAGUCCGGAACACUCUAGGGGACAGUCCAGCAAUGGAUGGAAUGACCAGCAGCGGGAUUACUUGCAGAGGAGACCCGAUGGUGACGUGUUGCAGUCCGGAUCAAGCUUCAGGCCAUCCGAGUCCACUCCUUUACAUUACAACGGCCACAGCGGCAUCGGAGCAUCGACCGACAACGGUUUCCUGUACAGAGGAUCGUCGACGAUCGGUGGCUCAUCUACCACUCCUAUGCCGACGACGAAUAAUAAUUCGUAAUCAAUAAUAUUAUGAUUUUUAGCCGUUCUUUUUUUUCUUCGUGUACAUUGUUUCUCGAAACCGUGCAAUAUCUUCCUAGCGCUAACGGGGUGAUUAAUAUUAUAAUUAACAGGCGAUAUUAUUUUGGUAUCGAUUUGAUUGAAAAAAAAUGUGGGGAACGUUUAUUUUUAUUUUCCUAGGGUGGCAUAAUAUGUGAUUAGUGACAAUAUUGAUCAUCAUCUACGUAACACGUACAAAUCGAUUACUAUUUUAACAAUAAUUUUAAAUUAGUUAUAAGUAUAAACAUAACAUAUACAUUAUACAUAUUAUAUUUAUAUACACCGAGUGAUUUAAAAUUAAUACCACAGCCAUUUUAUCAUUUCAACAUACAAAACAGAGAAAAAUGUAUACGAAAGUUUUUUGGCUUAGAAAAAUCGACAUGGGAAUAUUAAAAUUAAAUGGGAACAUAAACUUUUUUUAUUUAUAAAUUUGUGACGGAAAAACAUUAACUAAUGUGAAAUUCUAUGUAUGAUAGCGAUUUAAAGUUUUGAUGAGCAAAGUGGCAUGGAAUAAGAGUGCCCCGAAAAAUGUUAGUUCAAUAAUCCACUCAUCUAAACUUUAAAUACAUAGGUACUUAUAAUUAAUCAACUAAAAUUCGAUUUUUUAUGUCAACAUACAUUUUACAAUUAAAAUUUUAUGUUAUCAUUAAAAAAUUGUAUAUAAAUAUAAUAUUUCUAAAAAAAAUGUAUUGCUUUGUAACAACUCAAAAUUAUGUAAAAAAAGUAUAUGGCUAACAUAAAUUUCGAAUCACUCAGUAUAUAUAUUAUAUAUUAUUAAAGGUAAUAGAUAUGCCAUAAGUUCGGUUAUGUUUACUUAAUAUUAUCUUAAGAAUUAUUAUUAAUGAUUCUCAUAUCUAUAUUACAGUUUGUGUAUGUAAUAUAAUAUUUACAUUAUAAUAUAAGUAUUAAUUGUAUUAAAAACAAUAUUAUGUUUAAUAUUGUAAGUAGGGACCUAUAUAUUAUUAUAAAUCGUAUUAGUUAAUUCAAUUUAGAUUUGUAUAAAAUAUAACACGAAGAUGUCAUGCCAGAAUUAUCGAAAAUAAGCUCGCAUAGAUUAAAAAUAAAUUGCACUAGAAUUGUUUCAUGGCAAAACACUUAUAAUUAUCCAAAUAAAAAAUAAUAUUAAUAUUGA